UUUUCUUCCAUUUACCUACCUAUCUUCCUGUUUAUCUAUGUAAUAUAGCUGGUAGCUAUGCGACAACUUGUUUUACUAUAGUUAGACAGACAGACAGACAGACAGACAGACAGACAUAUACAUACCUAGAUACGGUAGACUAGACACACCACACGCAACCUAACUCUAACUAACUAACUAACUAACUAACACCGCCUCCCCAGCUCUUCUUCCCAAGAAGCAUGGACACGGCCAACCUCGCCGCGGCGUGGCUCUCGUUCGCCGUGACGACAGUCGGGCUCGGCGGGCUGAUCUCCCAAGCCAGCGCCAUCAACGACCAGCUGGACCCGUUCCACGCGAACCGCUCCGCCGAGUACCUCGGGAUCUGGUUCCAGCGGCAACAGCGGUUCCCGUGGUGGCGCAUCACCAGGCCGCCGCCCCUCGGCCCCGCCAUCGCCGCCCGCAUGUCCGACGGCUUCUGCGGCGUCAACGGCCUGUACGUCACGCGCAUUCCCGUCGCGCCGCCCGGCAAGGCCGGCUGGUCGACCAUCCUGGCUAUGUUUAACCAUGAUCCGCCGUCGCUGUUGUACGCCGCUGAGGGAGAUGGGGCUGGGGCUGGGGCUGAGAAGGGGGGCGUGAGGACGUCGACGACGACGCUGGAGGGCGAUGGUGGUGGGAGAGAGGUGACGGGUGGGCUGGUGCGUAGUGCUAGUUGGUCGAAUGUUACGCGGAAGUCGCUCAAGAGGCAUCAGUCGCAUGCGUGCAUCGUCAUAUCGCGGACUACGCUUGUUACUAUGCUCGUUGUGACCAACGGCCGCCCGGUGUUCCAGUAUAGCGACGCUUCUGGGUUUCGGGCUGGGUAUGCUUCGUACUGUGGGCAGUGGUACAUAACCUGGCCCAUCGGCCAAGAAGCCAUCGUCAAAUUCGCCGCGCACGACUCCAUCGGCGCAACAGAAGUCCUCCCUCGGAGCUUCAUGCAACGGGUUGACCGCUGCGGACAGAUGGUAUGCGGCGUCGUAUCGUCGCCGACGUCCGACUUCGCUGUCGGUUUCGGCGGCCGGAAGCCCAGCGGCACCUACCGGCUCGAGCACGCGCCCAAGGGGUUCCAAGGCGCCCACUCCGGCCGGCACUUGUACAACAUGCUCGGCGGCCGCGCCUUCGACGUCGAUUUCAUCUACGCGCGGCCCAGCAGCGCCGCGCACACGGGCAACGGCGAAAUCAAGCUCGACCUGCCGAGCAAAGACACCGGCGACCGCACCGUCGCCAUGGUCGUCCCUCCCGCCGAGCAAGACGUCAUAAAGCGUGCUCUCGACAGCCUGCCCUGGACGUGUCUGUCCUGGAGCAUGCACCGCGGGCUGCGGGACCUGCUCCUAGCCUACGGGAAGCCGACCAUGGACCACCACCGCACGACGCUAGCCUCGCUCCUGCAGGAGACAGUUGCGCAACGGCCCCAAGUAUUCCGCGCUCGGGGCUGGGACCCGGAGUUUGUGCGCAGCAGCAUGGGGCCCAUGGCGGCGUCGGCGGUGCUCUCGGGGGGCGGCAACUCGGGCGACUCGGUGCGCGUGGUAACCGACGUCGCGGCGGUAUACGCGGGCGAGAGCUGGGGCCUGGAGAGGCUGGACGAGGUGAAUUUCUGGCGGCCAAGGAAAUGGUCCGGGUUCCCUGAGACCCUGGAACUGGACGCUGAAGCUGUUGUGGCGCUUACCAAGUUCUUUGUGCUGGAGUGGAGUCAGGAGUUCGACUAUCAGCUGUACCAUCAUCUCCCGAUAUCUCUAUACUUCGGGUAAGCAUCUGCGAGAAGAUAGAUGGGUGGAUGGAUGGAUGGGUUAGGCGUUGGUAGCUGACUGACUGGCUGGCUGGCCGUGCUCUGGAAACCCUUAAUGAAGCUACGGGACAUAUAAUGACGAAUAUGAUGGAAUGUUUUCUACGGAUUGAACAUGCUAAGGACCUAACCUAGAUACCA